GACGACUCAGCAGCCGCCGUCGACGAUCUGCGCCGCGUUUCCUCUACACAGUCUUCGUUCCAACUCGUCGUCCCGUUAUCUUUGUUAUUGUUAUUUUUUUUUUUCCGUUCGUUCGUUUUCGCUAUUUUUUUUACACACUCCCGGCCGCAACCUCUCUCUGAUCGCCACCACCACGGGCACCAGCACAGCCUGCCGUACCGGGACACACCAUCGCGCUCACAGGUCGCACUCGUACAUAUUGUUAUUGUUGUUAUAUACGUGCAAUAGUAAUUAUAAUAUAAUAUAUAUUUUAUGAAAACCGUGUUAUUUUUAUUAUCGUUAUUACCGUUGUUAUUGCUAUUAUUAUUACGCACAAGCAACAACUUUCGGACGAAUACAAAAAAAUAAAAAUAAAAUAUUACGUCCCGACACGACCGCGCGACGGUCAAACAUCGUACGCGCACGCACACGGCCGUGCAAUAAUAAUAUUGUAUAUAUAUAUUUGGUGCGGUGCAUCGUCGUCAUUCUGCAGAGUGUACGCUCGUUUCGUUUUCUUCGUAACAACAAUCGUAACAAUAAAGAAAAUAAUGCGCAGUGUGCUCGCCACCGUCAUUUGAAGAAGAACACAGCGUCAUAGUUAUGCGCCUUUUGUGAUACGAUUUUUCUCCGAAAUCCGUAUCGUAACGAUAUUCAAUUUACAUCAAUAAUACACUACAAACGUGCUGAUCGAUACGACGACACAUUAUUUAUGGCUAUCAAUCAGAUACUGUCGUCGAGCGCCCACAGAGCCUUAGCGCACGAGUACAAGAGUCUUCAGGAUGAACCCGUUGAGGGAUUCAGGGUCAAGUUGAUCGAGGACAACCUACGGGAAUGGGAAGUGGCCAUAUUUGGACCACCGGAAACCCUUUACCAAGGAGGAUAUUUCAAGGCUCAUAUGAAGUUUCCGGCAGACUAUCCAUAUUCACCACCAACUAUAAGAUUUCUGACAAAAGUAUGGCAUCCUAAUGUGUAUGAGAAUGGUGAUCUAUGUAUUUCAAUUCUUCACCCACCAAUAGAUGAUCCUCAAUCUGGAGAGUUACCAUGCGAAAGAUGGAAUCCUACCCAAAGUGUUAGGACAGUAUUACUAUCUGUAAUUUCUUUACUAAAUGAACCCAAUACAUUCAGUCCUGCUAAUGUAGAUGCUUCCAUCAUGUACAGACGGUGGAAAGAUUCCAAAGGAAAAGAUAAAGAAUAUGAAAAUAUAAUUAAAAAACAAGUUGUAAGCGGCCGAUUAGAGGCUGAUAGAGAUGGAGUUGUGGUUCCACUUACACUAGAAGAUUAUUGUAAAGUGAGCCAAGUUGCUCGUUCUUCAGCUGCUGCUGCUGCAAUGGACAGUGAUUUUUAUGUAGAAGACUACGACUUAGAUGUUGAGUCUGAUGCAAACUCGGAAGAAGAGUAUCAGGAUGAUGCUACUGAUAGUGGCAAUGGUGAAUCAUGAAACCAAACAACUAUUAGGCAUUUUCAAAACAUUAAACAAUAUUUAAUAAACAGACAUAAUAAUUGCUAUCAAACAUUUGUCUGUGUUGGACAAAAUAAUUUAAGUUCUGUUUCGGGGUCAAUGGUAUCUCUUUGCAUGUGAUCUUAAUUUUUAAGAUAACAAUAUGUGACAUUGUUCUUAUAUCCUACAGUCACUUAUACACGGUAGACUUUAAUAUAUCCCUGUAUACAUAAAUACAUAUACAUACAUAAGUAUAUAUUUAUACAUAUUAUUUUUUUGCUUUCUCCAAAUUUUAACUAAAUUGUAUAAUUUUUAAUAAAUUACUACUACUAAAAAAAAAGUAAUAAUAAUAUAAUAUCUAUUGACAUAAUUUAUAGCUUAUUCUCGUUCAUCCCAUCAUCUAUAAACUUAAUACUCCUUAAAGUGUUUAGUUUUUUUAAUUAAUUCUAUUUUUUAUUCUUUAUAGGCAGCUAAAAUGACUGAGAAUAUUAUUCGUCAAAUUUAAAUAUUGUAUUGCUACACACAUGUAGAUAGUAAAUUGAAUUUAAUGUUUAUUAUUGUUUUUAAUACUUGUCUUGACUACUAAUGUCUUAUAUAUGAAUAUGUGAUAACAAAAAGAAAAAAUGAGCUCAUAAUAUGAAAUAAACCUUUCAUGAUAAAUUCA